AUGCAUGUGGUAAAGUUGUUGUUGAGACACAAUGUGGGAGGAAGAAGCCUUGCGUUUGAUCUGCGUGCGGUGAACCUUGUUUCUCAUCCCAAACGUUCGACAUGUGGCGGUGAAGACGCGUUUCUUUCAAUGUCGGAAGUACAGUGUGUUUUUGAUGGUGUGAGCUGGUGGAAGGAAUAUGCUGGUGUUGAUUCCGGUCUUUAUAGUGCUGCGUUGGCGAAGUUCAUGUAUUCUUUUGUGGAAGAUGAUGCAUUGGGUUCGUUGCCGUUAUCCUCGUGUGAACUGUUGCAGCGUGCCUAUGACGCCUGCUUGUCGGAUGAGAUUCACGGUACUUCGACUGCUCUUGUGGCUACGUUGCAGCGCCCUUGUUGUGCCGCCGAUGCGUCUUGUUCCGUUAGUGCGAAAUUUAGUAAUUGUAUGUUGGAUGUGUGCAGUAUUGGUGAUUGUACGUCGAUGAUAAUUCGUGAUGGUAGGAUCGUUUUUGUGUCCGAUGAACAGAUGCAUUCUUUUGAUUAUCCUUUUCAGCUAGGGCAGGGUAGUGCCGACAUUCCUGUGCAUUCGCUGCAAUAUCGUGUUGUUGUGCGGCCCGGGGACGUGCUACUUUUGGGCAGCGAUGGGAUCUUUGAUAACGUUUUUAAACAUGAUAUCGCGGAGCUGGUGUGGAAAUUUGUAGGUCCUGUGUGUGGGAGGUAUGCGUUAGAUUUUGAUCGGCCAUCUCAAUAUGAUGUUGCAACUAAAAUAAUCCCACCUGAUGACGUCCUGAGGGCCCUUUCCGCUGGGGUGGAUGAAGUUGUGCGGGUGGCUAGUGCAAAUGCGCGUGAUGUCAAGUGCAAUACGCCAUACUCUAAUAAAGCAAUUGAGAAUGGUGCCAACUACCGAGGUGGAAGGCUUGAUGAUAUGACAUUGCUCGGAUCGAUCAUUGAUGAGAAGUUUGACCUGGACAGAAGUGUGCAACUCGCUGAAAGCGGAGUAUUGCUCCCUACCCCUUACAGGGAUUGGCCUUGA